UAAGCAGGGUCAGAUCGGCCGAGUAGCUGUUCAUGCGUGGCCUCCUUGUCCUCAUCUUCCUACCCAAUCCAGUAGGCCAUUACUUACUUAAUUUAUGUGCCCUCCUAUACUACAGAAAAGCACGGCAGUUCAUCAGCUCACUUCGCUACUGCUUCUUGCCAAGUUCCACCUCCUUGUCCCCUCGCUAGUGUUGACUGCCUACUAGUCCUUCUCCUUACUCUUGGAUCCAAGAACCAGCCAGCCAGCGUUUGCAUCUCCUGCCGCUGCAACUGCAAGUGUAAUGGCGUCCCUCGUGGAGGUCUUCCUGGGCUCCUAUUCUUCCUCGGCACCGGUGGACUGGGAUGCGGAGGCCUACCCGGCGUACAGUGACUUCGCCGUGCUCCCCCUGCUCGUCGCCUUCUUCCCCACCUUGCGCUUCCUCCUCGAUCAAUUCGCCUUUGAGGUGUUAGCAAGACGACUUAUAUUUGGAAAGGGACAUGAUAAGCUUGGUGAAACAGAUGAAACGAGAAAGAAAAUCAAUAAAUUCAAGGAGUCAGCGUGGAAAUUUGUCUAUUUUCUUUCUGCGGAAUUCUUUUCAUUGUCCGUAACAUACAACGAGCCAUGGUUUACAAAUACAAGAUACUUUUGGGUAGGGCCUGGUGAGCAGCUCUGGCCUGAUCAAAAGAUGAAGCUGAAGCUUAAGGCUGUAUACAUGUAUGCCGCCGGAUUUUACAUAUAUUCUGUCUUCGCUCUUCUGUUCUGGGAAACAAGACGCAAGGACUUCGGCAUCUCGAUCUCUCACCAUGUGGCAACUGUUGUUCUGAUUGUUAUGUCCUAUAUUUGUAGAAUAACUCGUGCUGGCUCGGUCAUUUUAGCCAUCCAUGAUGCAAGUGAUAUAUUUCUAGAGAUUGGAAAGAUGGCCAAGUACAGUAGCUGUGAGUGGCUAGCUAUUGUAGCAUUUCUACUAUUUGUGGCUUCGUGGAUCCUUCUUCGGCUAAUUGUUUUUCCUUUCUUGGUCCUAAGAAGCACAAGUUAUGAAGUACCUAUGAUCCUGGACAAGGACAACAAAAUAAUGUCCUUGCACUACUAUGUUUGCAACAGUCUCUGUUUCACACUUCUAGUAUUUCACAUAUAUUGGUGGGUACUGAUUUACCGGAUGCUAAUUAAACAAAUCCAAUGCAGAGGACAUGUUGGUGACGAUGUCCGAUCCGAUUCCGAAGGCGAAAACAAUCAUGAAGAUUAAUCUAUAAGUUACUAGAAGCUUAACUGAAGAACUUAUUGGUUGUCUGCUGUUGGGAAUGCGAAUUAGAAUGGUACAAACGGCUGUUAUAUAAAUAAUGGGAAUGACAAGAACUAGUUACCAUAUCAAUUAGGAGAAAAUGAAGGCCAAAAAUUUAGAAAAGGCAAGAAUUUCAAUGUCAGUGGAACAACCUCCUUGAUGUAUCUUUUUGGUAAAUUGAAUGUAUGAGGUUAUGCUAUCAUUCAGAGUCUUGAGGCAUCAAUCUUGGAUCUAAUAUUUAUCACCAUAUA